CAAAAACAACAAAAAAAUGUAAUAUACAUGCAUAUACCACCCUGUGCCACAUCCAUGGAGGAAAAUGAUCAGUCGGAGUCCUGGUACAAGGCCGAGGGGCCAAAACUCUGGUUCUCCGGCUAGGACAACAGAAAUACCCCUGCUAGAAUUCCCCAACCCUGCGUCGCGAAAUUUAGAUUUGCCAUUACCAUAUUCGCCAUUACUGCCUCUUGCUGACCAAGCAUCUGGUCCUAGUCCAGGAUCCUCUCGCCUUCAGGAAAGAGAGCCACGAGUUGCGUCAUCAAGUGCAUCAAUGGAGCCCCCAGAAAGGCGCUUUUGUCGGCCUUGUUACAUGACGUCGAAGGCCCGCCACCUGACCAAGGUCUAUGCGAUGCUCAUCAUCCUCUUGGGAGCCGCCUUCGCCCAGCUGCUGACCAUGCGCUACCUGGACUUUGACUUCGGGAAGGUGGUGAGCAACGCCUUGGCCAGCACCUCGUGGAUGUUGAUGGCUCUCGUCUGCUUUAUGAUCCUCGCCUGCGUGAACCUCACCAAUACAUGCCCGAUUAACUACUUCUUGGCCGUCGCCAUAGUUGAGUCUACUGUGUGCUUCAUGGCUUGUGAGCGAUGGAGCAAGUUGACCUACACAGGGUGCGUUGUCAUCAUUACCAUGGUCGUGCUGAUCAACAUCUUGCUUCAUAUCUUGGGAAUAUUUUUGCCGUUGAAGCUACAGCCUGGAGCUGUGGCUGUCUUGGUUAUAACCAUACUUUACAUCAUAAUUGUUGCCACCAUUUUUAUUAUCGUCUAUUUUAAUGGCAAUAUCUACUUGCUGCGGUACUUCUCGAUGAUCAGCCUGGCAUAUUCGUGCAUCAUAGUCCAGUUUACGGUUACCGUGGUACACCAACGGCGGGUGGACUUUCUGACCCGAAACGACUACGUCCUGCAGGCCACAAUCCUGGCCUUUCUUUGUGUUUACAUGUGUCAUGCCUCCAUUGUAGUGAUUCGCUUCGGUCAGUUUUUAGUAGAUCAAACUAGUUUCCAACACCAUCAUUUUAUUUCAUUUGAUUUUUAA